CAGUAACCUUCGCAAACUAACUCAACUGCAUUUGAGUUACAAUAAGAUCGACUACAUUCCGCCAAUGGCCUUCCAGAAUUGUACCUCGCUCGCAGAAAUUCAGCUGGCGUUCAACACCAUUCCACUGAUCCUGAAAUCUCACUUCCAGAACUGCCCACUGGCGGGAUUCAUUCUACUAAACAACAACGACAUAGGCUACAUCGAGGACGGCACAUUUGAACACGUCACCGAGUUAACUUACUUCACAGUUGCGAACAAUAAGCUAACACACGUUCCAAACGGCGGCGACUUCACUGAUUUAAGAAUAACAGGACUAAUAGGACUGGCAGAUACUGGAAGACUUGACUUAAGCAAUAACCGGCUGAUCGUUCUGGAUGAUCAUAGUUUUAAAAAUCUCACAAUCAAUGGGUAUUUGUAA